UGGCUGAACUUCGCGGUUUCCUUAUUUGUACUUGGAUUUCUCUGAAGUGUAACAAGAGAAGCUUUAUUUACAGAGAGUGGCUAGAUCUAUCAACAGAGUUCUGAAGCCUUCAAAGUGGUAAUCCUGGAGUGGUGCCGGGUUCUGGAGUCCAGGAGUAAAGCAGAUGUUUCAAUAAUUCUCGCUGAAUUUCAGAGUGGAGAACCAGAUCUUUACCGAGAAGCUGCAUCAAAAGCAGAUUGUGAAUCUUGGGCUGUGGCACUGGGAGAGGCGGCAAACACAAAAUUUGAGGAAUAAAAUUCAUCAACUCUGGAGGUUGAUCAUGGAGAUCAAAGAGGAGAGAACAUCAGAUGAAGCACAGCAGUUUCUCCCUUCAUCACAAAUAGACAGUCUAGGAGAGCCACGGCUUACGAGUAUUCAGAGAAUUGCAAAUGAGCCAAAGCUGGAGUUCAGUCUUGCAUGCAAGGAUCUUGUGGCUGCUACCCGUGAUCGGAAGCUGAAUACGUUUAUACAAGUCUCAGUGGUACAUCCAGCAGAGCACAUUUUGACGAGGUAUUCAAGCACUGAAAUCGUGGAGGGAACAAGAGAUCCACUGUUUCUGACUGGUGUGACGUUCCCACCGGAAUACCCCAUCUAUGAAGAGACCAAAAUAAAACUCACAGUCUAUGAUGUCAAAGAUAAAUCUCAAGACACGGUCCACACCGCUGUCCUACCUGAUCACAAGGAGCCAAGAACAGAUGUUGGACGAAGCUUCCUGGGCUGUACGACUUUUACAGUAGGAGACUUGGUGAAGUCAAAGGAACAACAGUUGACCCUUACCCUCAGAACUUCCGAUGGUGGAAAGACAGUUGGUACCAUUGAAGUCAAUCUUGUGAAGAUGGGAGAACUAGAAGAUGGGGAACCAGGCCAUAUCACAACAGAUUCACAGGAUCAAAAGUGUGCGUUGGUUCGUGAGUGUACAGCACCUGAAGGCAUAAGUGGCAAAGACAACUUGCCUUCGUUAAAUGCAGUGUUAAAAAACCCGAUCUGUAAGUUGUACAGAUUUCCUACUUCUGACAACAAGUGGAUGCGGAUCCGGGAGCAGAUGGCUGAGACCAUCCUCUCCUUCCAUAUUCCUAAAGAACUGAUCAAUCUACACAUAAAGGAGGAUAUGACAAGGAAUCAGGAGCUUAAAGACUUGGGAGAGCUUGCACCUCACUGGGACAAUAUGCGCAAAAGUGUUAUUGCUCACUGUGAUCAGAUGUUGAGCAUGUAUCAGGAUACCCUCGCAGAGCUUGGAAAACAUACAGGUUCUUCCUUCAAGUCAAGCUGUAGCAAAGGAGAAAAAACAUUAGAAUUCAUCCCAAUAAAUCUCCAUCUGCAGAGGAUGCAUGUGCAUAGUCCUCGAUUGAAAGAUGCUCUGUACGAUGUAAUCACUGUGGGAGCCCCAGCAGCACAUUUCCAGGGAUUUAAGAACGGUGGUCUCCGAAAACUGCUGAGUAAAUUUGAGGCAGAGAGGCGAAAUACUGGAUACCAGUGUAUUUACUAUUCACCUGAAAACACAGCUAAGGCAAAAGAAGUUCUCAGCAACAUCAAUCAUCUACAGCCUCUCAUAUCAAGCCAUGCAGACCUUCUGCUUAAUUCUGCAAGCCAGCAUUCUCCGGACAGCUUGAAGCAGUCUUUAAAGAUGCUUUCAGAAAAAACAGAGUUGUUUGUGCAUGCAUUUAAGGAUCAGCUGGUCAGAAGUGCCCUUUUAGCACUAUAUACAGCCCGACCUGGCUGUGUCCUCAAGAAACCAGCUGUGCCUAGAAACUGUGCAGAAGAGGGGGAUGACCUGAAGCAUCAGGAUCAUCCAUCUCAGGUUAAAAGACAGGACUCUAUACCCCAUCAUUCUGAGUAUGAUGAGGAAGAGUGGGACAGGGUGUGGGCCAAUGUGGGGAAGAGUUUAAACUGUGUUAUUGCCAUGGUGGACAAACUGCUUGAAAAAGACAACAGCGGCAAGGUUAAAGAUGGUGAAAUUGACCCCUCAGCAGCAGAUUGCAAGCAUGCAGGCAGUGACUGGUAUGAGCAGCUUUAUCCCCUGGUGAUUACGCUGAAGGAUUGCAUGGGAGAGGUGGUCACUAGGGCAAAGCAGUCCAUGGCGUUUGUUCUGCUCCAGGAGCUUGCCUGUGGUUUGCCACAAUGUUUGAUGCUGACCCUAAGGAGAGACAUUGUCUUUAGUCAAGCACUUGCUGGAUUGGUCUGUGGGUUUAUAAUCAAGCUGCACACAGGUUUACAUGAUCAAGGAUUUUUACAACAGCUUCAUACUGUUGGAUUACUUGUGCAAUAUGAAGGACUCCUAAGCACAUAUAGUGAAGAAGCAGGGAUGCUCGAAGACAUGGCUGUGGGAAUUUCUGAUUUGCAGAAAGUAAUGUUUAAAGUCAUUGAAGCUAAAUCAGAAGACUUUUUGCCUAUUAUAACUGGAAGGCGUGAGCAUUAUGUCAUAGAGGUCCAGCUUCCGGCAAAGAUGUUUGAGUUGCUACCACAAGAGAUAAAAGAAGGAAAGCUACUUCGCAUGUAUCCAGUGCUCUUUAAUGUUGGAAUCAAUGAGCAGCAAACACUUGCAGAGAGGUUUGGAGAUACCACUUUGCAAGAAAACAUUAACCAAGAAAACUUAGAACUUCUGAAAGAAUAUUACAACCUGUUUACGGAAAAAAUGCCUCCUGAUUGUCUACCACAUUUUCAAGAGCAAAAUGAUUUAAAAGGAUUACUAGAAAAUCUUCAUCAAAAUAUCCAGGCCAAAAAGAGGAAGAAUGUAGAAAUCAUGUGGCUGGCUGCGACGAUUUGCCGUAAGCUGAAUGGAGUCCGCUUCACCUGUUGCAAAAGUGCCAAAGACCGGACAUCCAUGUCAGUGACAUUGGAGCAGUGCUCCAUCUUGAGGGAUGAGCAUCAGCUUCACAAAGACUUCUUUAUUCGAGCACUGGAUUGUAUGAGAAGAGAAGGAUGCCGCAUAGAGAAUGUACUGAAGAAUGUCAAAUGCAGAAAGUAUGCAUUCAACAUGAUACAGCUGAUGGCUUUCCCAAAGUACUACAGACCUCCAGAAGGGACAUAUGGAAAAACUGACACCUAAGUUAAACAAAAAUGUAAUCAGGAACAUAUACCAUGCUAAUUAGUGAAUAUAAAAAUUGCUGUUUAUGACUUAAUAACUUGGAAUGUGUAACCAGUUGAGGUGUUAUUUUGUGAGGUUUAACAUUUUAAAAGUGACAACAGUUAGUCAUCAUGAAAUAAAAUAUUGGUGAUUUGGAUAUGCUCAAAACCAAAUACAUUCAACUUAUCUUGGUGAACUUGAAGCUUAGCAUGACUCAUCAACCAGUUGGAAUUAGGUCUUGGGAAGGCUUGAUCGAAGAUUAAAAAGGGAAAUGUCAUUUGCAAUAGGAACUGAUGUUAUCAGUCUGGAGGGGAGCAUUCAGACUCUGAACAGCAGCCUGGAGAUGUGAAUGAAAGGAUCUCUUCCUUCCUGAAAUGGUGUUUUCUGGUACGGGCAAAGCACUGAGGUCAUGAUCAGUAAUAAUUAAAUCCUGCGUGGAAUUUUUGAUGAAAGAUGCAACUCUCAAUACUUAGGCUAAAUAGAGUUUUGGUCAUUAUGUUUGUCUUUUUUAUAUAAUCGUGGUAACUUCACAAUAUAUUUUUAGUAAUUACUGCCUGUAAUUUCAGUAAUUGCGUUCUGGUUUGCUGCAGUUCCUUUGGAUGUAUCUUUCUUGGCUUUCUGUAUCUAAGCCAAAUACCACUUACUUGACUUAAUCUUGCACAUGAAUCACACUGAAAUCAGAGGGAUUAAUUCUUCAAGUAAAGUAACAUAUCUAAUCUGUCAUGUUCCUGUUCACAGCAAACCCUUAAAACUAAAUUUUCCUUAGCAAUAGGUAAAAUGGCUUGUAUAUGCAGGCAUGAAUGUGUUGUUAGGCUAUGAAAAUGUGGCAGCUGGUUUAUAUGAAAUUUGUAAUGCUUAUUUCUAGGAUAUUUCCAGCAGUUCUAGGACAAAGAGCAGCAAUGAGCUUUUUUGAAGUGAAUGGUAGUGCUUCUGCCAGCUUGUGUUAGUCUUGAAAUGUGUCCUGCAAAGAACAUUUGUGUUUUCUGAUUUUCUCUAUUCAUUGCCUCCUUCUGCCCUCCCCCAGAGAGAAACGCAGUUAACAAAAAACAAGUGCCCACUGUUUACUAACCUUUGUGUGAUGCAUUUAUUAGAGUUCUACGCAAAUUAAACUGCAUAGGGAAUUUGAGUAUCUAUAGGAAAUUGCAGUUGCUAUGGAUAAAGAGUUAAAUGUUUGCUUGCUUCUACAGAAGUCCCAAGAAUGAUGCAUAGUGAAUUACAAUUUGUUUUCUUUUCAUCUAUUAAGACCUGUUACUGGGUAUAAUUCUGUAACUGUACUAGUAAAAAUUUCAUGCUUAAGCAGCUGGUAGGUUACAUAGAAAUUAUCUGUUGUGAAUAGAAUUAAACCCCUCUUGUACAUUAGCAAGGUGAGGCUUUGGAACAUGUAGAAGUAUGUCAGGAAGGGAUCUUCUUUCCAAUGCACUGACUUCAGUGAAGCCAAGAAUUUACCUACACAACAUUUUCCUAAUUGGACCAUUUUUUCAGAGUGAAGUAGUUUGUUCAGAAAGGACUUUUGUGCGGUUGUUUUUUAUUUAUGUACAGUCUCCAUUAGAAUACUGUUGCACAAAUGACUUCUUUGCUCUUCUAGAAUGUAUUGCAUCAACAGUAGAUACCAGAAGAGAUAGCAGUGCAUCGUAGACAGGUGAUAAUACAGUGCUAUGCCUUUUCCUGUCAUGUACCAGUGGGCGCUGUUCAGUGGAUGUGCAGAUAAAGUUGUGUGCAUUUAAAUAUUACACAGCUGGUCUGCACAAAAUUUUAUUUGCAGGUUUGUGGAGCAUAAACCUUCCUAGGAAAGUACUGUUCUGUUCUGUUGGUCUGACUGCUACUCUACACCUCACUUCGUUUCUGCUUGUUUAUUGCUAACUUACAUAAACAACAGCUAUGCAGCUGAGAAAUAGUGGUAAUUUCUUUAGGUGAUAGGAAAUAAUCCUAGUGAUACACAGUAGAAAUGCUGGCCUUCCUAAGGUGAUUCUGAAACUGCCUGUAAAAUUGUAGGCAAUGACAGUAUUCACUUUUGGGUACUUUUGUUUCUUAGUUCUUUAUCUCAGCCCUGUGGGAGUUCUGUCUAAUUCAAAAUAUGAAAAACUAUAGGUUUCGUUUUUAUUAAGAAAAUAGUCUUUCAAGGUCUUACCUCAGCAUUUAAUCUUGCUGGGUUCCAAAUUAUUUUGGCUAUAAUGUUACCUUUUAACUUAAAAUGUUUUCAUCAUUGAAGCUGCGCUUUUGGGGGAAAAAAAAGCCCGACAACCUAACACAUUGCAGUUCUUUUUAUUGUAACAGGUACACCCAACAAACUUGAUUGGGCUUGGGCUAUUACAGAAGAGCAGGUUGGGUUUUGUUUUGAGUAAGGCUGAACUUUUUUACACCAGUGUUUUCAUUGGAACUUAGUCUUUUUGUAGGUCAUUAAGACUAUUUUAAAACCCGACACAAUUCCAAGUGUCCUGGAAGAGCUUUAUUGCUUUUGUGCUGAAGUAGGCUCAACUAUUUCUUUGUUUUGUCAUUGCCUGCCAUGGGUCUGCAGCAUUUUAUUCAGUCAGAGCCAGUCUCAUCAAAACAGGGUUGUCAGUUAAUCACGGAUUCACAACUUGUGUUUUUCUGGUUUGUCUUUUUUAAAGAAACAAAGAUCUUUUUGCUCCAGGCUGACAGUUUAAUUGCAGUAUAUUCGCUCUGUACAGAAGACAUUUUAAGUCUUUUGAAUGCCCAGCAGAGGAGUUGAAUCAUCUCCUGAGGUCCAUCUUGCAUGAAUCUUUGUAUAUUACUGAGUUACACAGCAGUAGAAUUCAGCAAAUAAAUUUUCAUUAGGAAGCUACACCGUUUGCACAGAGUUCAGGGAAACGUGCUCAUUUAGCAGCAUAUAUAUGAGAAGUGUUCCAUGUCUGCUUGACUUAAAACAGUUUUUUUCUCUUGGAUGAUUAUAAUACUGUUAGAAUUAAUACAGAACAUGUACAGACUUGACAUUAUUAUGCAGGCAGAUCUUUUUGCUUCUGAAGUCUUCUUUUGGGGAGUUUUUAAUAUUUUUUUGUUACAGUUUAUACUUUGGCUCUUAUGGAGCAAUUAGGAAACAAAUUUUUAAUUGUUACCUGAUUUUGCUGAUAUGUACUUGUGCAUUUUAGUGGAAUACUGGAAAAUAUAUGUGUUAAGAGGAACAAAAUAUACGAGAGGACAGCUGAAUGAGGCCAACUAUUACCUGGGAAAGAGCCUUAAUGAUGCUAAAAACUAACAAACGUUAGUUUUUGUGCUGUUCAAAUUUUGAUAUUUUUCUCAAAGUAAAAUAGGGAAAUUAAUACUUGGUGUGAAACAAUCAGUCUGGAUUAAAAUUCACUGAUUGUAAGUGAACUAAUGUGCUAUGGUAUUUUAAAUAAUAGCUAAGAAUUUAAGUACAAAAUGGAAUUAUAUUAAUUUGAAGCCCACUGCAUAUUAUGCCUACUUUGACUUCCAUAAAGUAAGCCUAUUCCUAUUUUUAUCACAAGUUCCAAGAAAUGCUAUGGCCGGUUUAUGAAGAGCAGCAAAUGCGUUUGACAGCAACAGGUAUAAUAUGUAAAUUGCAUUAAAAAGUGUGCAGCAAAAUUACUUGUGUGAAUUAAUGUUCGUAAGCAAUUAACAGACUUAAAACAUAUAUUGUGUGAGUUGGCUGUGUUAUAAACUCAAAACAAUGAUAUCUUCAUAUUUAUGCUUUGUUACUGUGAAAAGGAAACGUUUUGUACAGGCAAUGCUGUGAGACAUGGCUUUGCUUCUUACCUUUCACUCAUUUGCAGGUGAAAAGGAUAUAUUUGCAUUCAAAAUACCUUAACAUAAUUUACAGCUUUUUAAAACACAGCCUUAGCUUGUAAACUGGGUGUUAAAAAGCAAAAAGUCACAGAGCUGCGUUUGAAAACAAGCAAACCAAAACCAGACUUCAGUCUCUAAAACUUUGAGGUUUUUCCUUAGGUAUGCAACCCACGAACUGUUGUGUUGCUAGAGCAUUCAUUUUAGGCUCUGCAGCACUCAAGUGCUUCUUUCUCUUAGCCUCAUCUGAAUAAGUAACGUGCCACAACAAUAAAUUUCAGCAUAAUACUCACGAUUCAAGAUGGAAAAUUACGAUUUUCUCAAAAAAAAAUGACUAAGUAGCAAUUUAAUAAUUCAGAAUUAAAAACAAAAAAAAAAAAAAAAAAGAAAUUUGUGAACCAAUGUAUCUGUAUUCCAAACAGCAGAAGUAGAAAUCAUGGGGUUCAUUUGCUAACAGGGAAUGAGUUUUACGAUAGAAAUCUGAGUGUAAUAGUUGAGUGCUCAGAACCUGGGGUUUGCAGUGGUGAGAUUUGGGGCAGUGCUGCUUUAACUUGGUUUUCUAACUGCAGAUUUCUGUAUUCUUUCCAUCUGUUGUGCAGAGGGCUUUAAAAGUUUUUAACAAUUCUGUUUUGUUUAUGAAGGGUCUGGCUUCAAAUUUUCUAAAAUCCCAAGUUAGUUUGAUACUUGUCUUCUUUUGGUGUAGCAGUUCCUUGUAAUGUUCAUGUCUCACGCUCUCAUGUACACGGGGCUCAGUAUAACAAAUUAACAGGACUUCCAUCCAGACUGUGUGUGUGCGUGUGUUCAGAGAAAUAAAGCACAACUAAGCAAUUCAAAUCUUUUUAUACGUCAGGAUUUAGCAUUUUUGUUUCACUGCUGUCUGUAAGCCAUGCUCAUUGUACACUGUGUGUAUAUUUUUAUUUAAAUAAAUGUGAUAUUUAUUUUUUA